ACGCAUCUUUGCUUCUGUUCCAAAGUCCCAAUUCCCAAGUGUGUGUUUGCAGCAACUCCACUCGCGACAUCUUCAUUUUAUUCUUCACUCCCUCGCUAAAUCCCUCUUUCGCUCCUCGCUAACACGCUUUUAGGGUUUCCAAUUUCCUCGCUUCUCCGAUGGCGCCCGACCCCAAUCGCGCCGGCGCCAGCUCCAGCGCCGCCCCCAAAGACGACGCCGUCGCCAAGAAGAAGGUCGAGACCGAAGAUCUGUCGGAUGAGGAUUUAGCGUUAAAGCAGCAACUGGAGUUGUAUGUUGAGAGGGUUCAGGAUCCCGACGCUGGGUUGCAAAAGGUUGCCCUAGAGAGCAUGAGGCAAGAAAUUCGAACUUCAACUAGCUCCAUGACUUCAGUUCCGAAGCCGUUGAAGUUUCUGCGACCCCAUUAUGGUACUCUUAAGGCAUAUUAUGAAAUUAUGCCGAAAUCUGAUUUGAAGAAGUACUUGGCUGAUAUAUUAUCAGUUUUGGCCCUUACCAUGUCUGCUGAGGGCGAACGAGAAAGCCUCAAGUACAGAUUAUUGGGUUCAGAGGGUGAUAUUGGUUCUUGGGGCCAUGAGUAUGUUAGGAAUCUGGCUGGAGAGAUUGCACAAGAGUAUGCAAAAAGACAGACUGAAGAGGCCCCCAUAGAUGAUCUCAUGGAACUUGUACAACAAAUAGUUGCUUUUCACAUGAAGCACAAUGCAGAACCUGAAGCUGUUGAUCUUUUGAUGGAGGUUGAAGACCUUGAUUUGUUGGUUGAACAUGUUGAUAAAACAAAUUUUAGAAGGACUUGUCUGUAUCUCGCCAGUUCAGCUAGAUACCUUCCUGGACCAGAUGAUAUGUUAGUUUCAGACAUUGCAUAUUCGAUUUAUCUAAAAUUUGAAGAAUAUCCGAACGCAAUCCAAAUUGCAUUGUUUCUGGAUAACAUGCAGUAUGUGAAGCAGGUGUUCACCUCCUGUGAUGAUGUGCUGCGAAAGAAGCAGUUUUGUUACAUCCUUGCACGUCAUGGAAUUACUUUUGAGCUUGAUGAUACAAUGGUUGCUGAUGAUGAGGACAGAGAAAUGUUGCAGGAAAUCAUAAACAAUUCUAAGUUAAGUGAAGGAUAUCUGACUCUUGCUCGUGAUAUUGAAGUCAUGGAACCCAAGUCUCCUGAGGAUAUAUACAAGGCACACUUGCUUGAUGGUCGUGCUAGUGCUGGUGCCAGUGUUGAUUCAGCUAGACAGAACCUUGCUGCUACUUUGGUUAAUGCAUUUGUGAAUGCUGGUUUUGGCCAGGAUAAGUUAAUGACUGUUGCAUCAGAUUCUUCAAGUAGUGGUUCUUCUGGAAAUUGGCUUUUCAAGAACAAGGAACAUGGGAAGACUAGUGCUGCAGCAAGUUUGGGUAUGAUUUUACUAUGGGAUGUUGACUCUGGACUUGCACAACUUGACAAAUACUUCCAUAGUAAUGAUAAUCAUGUCAUUGCUGGUGCAUUAUUGGGAGUUGGAAUUGUCAAUUGCAGUAUCAAGAAUGACUGUGAUCCUGCAAUGGCUCUCUUAGGUGACUAUACAGAUAAAGAGGAUGCUUCAAUCAGGAUUGGUGCAAUUAUGGGAUUGGGAAUUGCAUAUGCCGGUUCACAGAAUGAGCAGUUACGUUGCAAAUUGGCACCUAUACUAAAUGAUACGAAAGCUUCACUUGAUGUGAUUGCUUUCACGGCAAUUUCAUUGGGCUUGAUCUAUGUGGGUUCUUGCAAUGAAGAAGUUGCUCAAGCAAUCAUAUUUGCACUGAUGGAUCGUAGUGAGUCGGAGUUGGGAGAGCCCCUCACACGACUCUUACCUCUUGGCCUUGGUCUUCUUUAUCUUGGGAAGCAGGAAAAUGUGGAGGCAACAGCUGAAGUUUCAAAGACUUUUAAUGAAAAAAUUAGGAAGUAUUGUGACAUGACACUACUAUCAUGUGCCUAUGCUGGAACUGGGAAUGUUCUCAAGGUUCAAAAUCUAUUGGGUCAUUGUUCACAACAUCUCGAUAAAGGUGAAGCACACCAGGGACCUGCAGUGCUUGGAAUUGCUAUGGUAGCAAUGGCUGAAGAAUUAGGUGUUGAGAUGGCAAUUCGAUCAUUGGAACAUCUUCUACAAUAUGGAGAGCAAAAUAUUCGCCGGGCUGUUCCUCUGGCACUUGGUCUACUGUGUAUAUCAAAUCCAAAGGUCAAUGUUAUGGAUACCUUAAGCAGACUUAGCCAUGACACUGAUUCAGAAGUUGCAAUGGCUGCAGUUAUCUCCUUGGGUCUAAUCGGUGCUGGAACAAACAAUGCUCGAAUCGCUGGCAUGCUUCGCAAUCUUUCAAGCUAUUACUACAAGGAUACCAGCCUUCUAUUUUGUGUGCGGAUUGCCCAAGGUCUUGUACAUUUGGGAAAGGGUUUAUUAACGCUUAAUCCAUACCAUUCUGAUCGCUUCUUACUAUCACCGACAGCACUUGCUGGACUAAUUACCAUGUUGCAUGCAUGCCUUGACAUGAAAGCUAUCGUGUUGGGAAAAUAUCACUAUGUCCUCUACUUCCUCGUUUUGGCAAUGCAGCCGAGGAUGUUGUUGACUGUGGAUGAGAACUUGAAGCCUCUGUCAGUGCCUGUUCGGGUUGGUCAAGCAGUCGAUGUUGUCGGACAAGCAGGUCGUCCUAAGACAAUUACUGGCUUUCAGACCCACUCAACCCCUGUUCUCCUGGCUGCUGGGGAUAGGGCAGAGCUGGCAACAGAAAAAUACAUUCCCCUGUCACCCAUUCUAGAAGGUUUUGUAAUUUUGAAGGAGAAUCCAGAUUAUAGGGAAGAGUGAGGGCCGUAAAGAUGUUCUUUUUGUUUUGUUUUUGUUCUUCUGAACAGUAUGUAGUUAAUAUAUUGCCUUUCAAGGUUGUGUCAAAAUCUAGAAGAAAUUGUUUUAAAUCAUUCCUUUCGUAAUAUAAGGAUGAAAAGUCAAACUGUGUAGAUGAUUGCGAUAAUCUUUUAGCUGUAGUUUUUUUAAUUUCUGUUAACUUACACAGUACUUUUGAACAUGCAUAAUCACGUUAUUGAUUCAUUUGAAA